AUAGAUUCUUAAUGGUUCUGUUCACCAUCCAGUCCAGUAGGGGGCAGUGAAACACCCAACUAAAAGACAAAGGAGAAGAAGAGCUGAAGACGUUGUGCCACUUGGACGGCCUAGUUAUCCAGCUAAGCUAAAACAAUCUCUACAUUUAGCUGUUUCUACCUGCAGUUUUACAGAGAAUCUUAAAUCAGUUCAAUUAAAAACAGCAUUUGGAGAGGAUUAACUCACUGAUCCUGAGAGAUAAAGAAGAACAAAAGACAAAUAAUUUGUACUAUGACCAGUCAAGAAGAAUCUCAGACAGACCUUCACCACUGCUUAGUGUGUGGAAAGAGUUUUAGUCAAGAGAAGGGUCUCACAGCACACCAGCGCAUCCACAGACAAGACAAACCACAUCAGUGCUCACAGUGUGAAAAGAGUUUCAAUUUUAAAUGUCUUCUCCAACAACAUCAGCGCACUCAUACAGGAGAGAAGCCGUAUCAGUGCUCACAGUGUGGAAAGGGUUUCACUCAAUCGAAGUAUCUCACAGCACACCAGCUCAUCCACAGCCAAGAAAAACCACAUCAGUGCUCACAGUGUGGAAAGAGUUUCAUUUUUAAACAUCGUCUUCAACAACACCAGCGCACUCAUACACUAGAGAAGCCGCAUAAGUGCUUACAGUGUGGAAAGAGUUUUAGUCAAGAGAGGUACCUCACAGCCCACCAGCUCAUCCACAGACAAGACAAGCCGCAUCAGUGCUCACAGUGUGAAAGGAGUUUUGUUAACAUGAGAGAUUUGAAAUCACAUGAGUACGCCCAUAAAGGAGAGAAGCCGCAUCAGUGCUCACAGUGUGAAAGGAGUUUUGUUAACAUGAGAGAUUUGAAAUCACACGAGUACGCCCAUACAGGAGAGAAGCCGCAUCAGUGCUCACAGUGUGCAAAGAGUUUCAUUAAUAAAUGUCGUCUCCAACAACAUCAGCGCACUCAUACAGGAAAGAAGCCGCAUCAGUGCUCACAGUGUGGAAAGAUUUUAGCUAACAUGAGAGAUUUGAAAAAACACAAGUACAUCCAUACAGGAGAGAAGCCGUAUCAGUGCUCACAGUGUGGAAAGAGUUUUAAUCAAAAGGAUUCUCUUAAGCAACAUCAGCGCAUUCACACAGGAGACAAACCAUUUUAUUGUUUACAGUGUGGGAAGAGUUUUAAUCAAAGGGCCUCUCUUCGAGAACAUCAGCGUAUUCACACUGGGGAGAAGCCGUAUUACUGCUCAGAGUGUGGGAAGAGUUUUAGUAAUUUGAGCAAUUACCAACAACAUCAGCGCAUUCACACUGGAGACAAACCGUUUCACUGUUCACAGUGUGGGAAGAGUUUUACUCAAAGCGGCACUCUUCUGAAACAUCAGCGUAUUCACACUGGGGAGAAGCCAUAUUACUGCUCAGAGUGUGGGAAGAGUUUUAGUAAUUUGAGGAAUUUCCAACAACACCAGCGCAUUCACACUGGAGAGAAGCCGUAUUACUGCUCCGUGUGUGGAAAUAGUUUUUCUCGAAUCAGCUCUUUUAAUAAGCAUCUACGUACGCAUACUGAAGGAGAGGAAAAAAUAGUGCUGGGAUGAACUAUGUGAAACAUGGUGAGGACAUUGACGGACUGAUUGACUGACUAAUACAAUGUUGGUCUGAGGUUUGGAUAGCAUGAAUUAAUUAAAUAUGUUCUUUAAUAAUGUUAAUGUAGUAUGCUCUGUCCUCCUCCAGUUCAUGGUUUAAAACACCUGGAACAAUUGGAUCUGUGGCAGCUUGCUUAGUCUUUUCUUGCUCUGUAGCUUCAAUAAACAUCACAAUACACACUGUAAUGCCAUGUUAAGCUCAUUGCCACCCACCCCUCUUUCCCAGCUUACCACAGUUCCCUGGUUACUGGACAUUGCAGUUUCUGCACCAAAACCAUAUAGAGGUGGACGAUGCAGUAAUUAACCUGUUGCAUAAAGCUCACUUAAUCCUAGACUAUGGUGAGGAUUCAGUAUGUUUGUUUAAUAGUUGUAGUUUUGAGUGCCUGUUUGUUGUUUUAAAAUUAGCGCCAGUUGUGUGAAAGCUUUAGGCACACAGACCAAUCUUCUAGAUGCGGGACUCUGCGUGAAGUUAUCCUAUUCGCACUGCUCUAAUCACAACUGUUUCAUGUGCCUGUAAUAGAGCUGUGCAAGACUAUCAUAAUCUAAACGGGAUCCAAGAAAAUUUAAAAGUAAUGGGAGCAGGGUAAUGAGUGAUCGGGACAAUUUUGCUGCUGUCAAGCACCUGAACAAUGAAUAGUUGAUUUAAAGAUGUGAGGUCUUGAAUUGGGAAGACAUGGAGGAAAAUACGAAGAAGUUUUGGUCUUCCUUUGGAGUCCACUAAGGCAUGCGUGACAUAAGACUGAUUGUCUAUGGUUUAUAAAGCUGAUGACAAACACUUGUUGAAACCAUUUCCGGAUGUUGAUGAGAGUCACUAAUUUAUUGAACGCCUGCAGGUCAGAUGGAAGCUCUCGGGCUGCAGGCUCAUCCUUGAUUGAGUCAGACAGACUGUUAAGUAAUGUGCCACAAGAGGGAGUCUGAAUGUCGAUGGCAUAAUCAGAGAUGGAGUGGGAUCCCUGGUGUAGCUUGAGUAUCAGGCCUUGUUCACACGGGCGUUAAAUUUUUGUAUAAACGAACGUGCUCUAAACGUCCUAGACGUUUAUGUUGCGUUUUGUAGUGGCGAUCGAUUGACUUCUACACCGACGUUCGUUUGUCUCUGUCUAACAUCAGCCUGCAGCCCAAAUUGUAGUUUGUGUGUUAACCUGUGGAGGCAGUGUCGGGAACUGGAUAUAAAAGCCCGCCGCUACUGGGCUCACUAGCGGCGGGUUUUUGUGGUUUAUGAAGAAAUGCGAAAAUUUUCACGUAUGUUUUUCAACAAUUUAUUUUAUUUUAUUUUGCCUUUUUCCGCAUUUCCCUAUGUAAAGCAUGUAGGAUCAUGGGAUAUAUCCGGUCCUCCGAAGCAUAAAAUGAACGUGAAGAAAACGCACUAAAAGUUUUCUUGCGUUCAUUGGGAUUUGAACGCUAAGAAAAAGCUGCAUGCAACGUUUUUUUUUUUGAUGCCGUAUA